AUUGAUAAUGAUUUGUAUUGGAGAAGCAGCCUACCUCACAACAAAAGCCUAAUAUAAUUGGAAGAUGUGCCCAUUUCCUGCCCUUUGAAUGGUCUAGGAUGUAAUGUAUUCUUCAUCAUCGUCAUCAGGCCUAAAGCACCAGGCGGUUGGAGAUGCCCUUCAUUUUACACCACCCAUAGAUCUUAGGCAGCAUAGAUUCUAGGCUAACUGUUAAAUUCGACCUGUUUUAAAAAUGCCUGAUGCUCGUUUGCAAAACAGGACCAGAGCCCUGGUGAAACACAAGUCAAACUUGGGAGUUGCAUUUCGAAGAUGGACACAGUCAAGAGCCCAGAAGGGUUUCAAGACACAUGAGCUUGUUUAUCCUUCUUUUAGUCUUUUAACAUUCAACAGACGGGAGUACAAUCUGCGUGCAAAAGACUGCGAUGACUUUGGAGACCGCAGCACACAGCGUGGCGCCACCUCAGAUGGUCUGCAUGUGGACGCCCCUGGCUCCUCCCACAUGUCCAGUCACAGCGAGGAGCUGAGGAUCCAGAGCGUCUAUGGAAAAGGGGAGGGCCCACUGGCGCUGGAUGGCCAUAACGCACUCUUCGGCAAGGACUGGCCCGGUGGGUUGCCUGGCGGGUGUUUUCCCGACAAAACCAAUAUGGUCAUCCACAUGCGUACCCACACCGGCGAGAAGCCGUACGGGUGCGACCAAUGCAAGAAGUUCUUCCAACACAAAGGCAGCCUGAAGACCCACAUGAGGACUCACUCUGGGGAGAAGCCCUACAGGUGUGAUCAAUGCAUGAAGUGCUUCUGUAAGAGCUCUCACCUGAAGGUCCACAUGAGGACUCACUCCGGGGAGAAGCCGUACAGGUGUGACCAAUGCGUGAAGUGCUUCAGUCAGAGCUACAUCCUGAAGAGACACAUGAGGACUCACUCCGGGGAGAAGCCUUAUAGGUGUGACCAAUGUGUGAAGUGUUUCAGUCAGAGCUCCACUCUGAAGAGCCACAUGAGGACUCACUCCGGGGAGAAGCCCUACAGGUGUAACCAAUGUGUGAAGUGUUUCAGUCAGAGCUCCACUCUGAAGAGCCACAUGAGGACUCACUCUGGGGAGAAGCCCUACAGGUGUUAUCAAUGCGUGACGCGCUUCCAUAGGAAUUAUAACCUGAAGAAGCACAUGAGGACUCACUCUGGGGAGAAGCCCUACAGGCGUGAUCAAUGCAUGAAGUGCUUCAAUAAGAGCUCCAAACUGAAGGUCCACAUGAGGACUCACUCCAGGGAGAAGCCCUGAAGGUGCAACGCCAGCUUCAGCGACCCACUCAAAGAGACAAUGGGGUGCUUUGACACAGGGCAAGGGGACGCUCUGAUUGACACCUCUAUCCUGUAUAUGUUGAAUUGACUGCUGUAGGUUUUUUGUUGCUUUUUUAAAGACGCUUCCAACUCAUCAAACACCUUCUGUUUUUAUUGUUGUAAAUAAAUGAUGCCUGUCUGAAGAAUCAAAAAAAUCUUGGAGACCUCGGACAAUCUAAUAUUUGAUUUAAAUGUAGAGCAGGGUCAUGGGAAUUUGUUUCAGUUAGAGCUUCAACCUGAAGAUCCACAGGAGGAGUCACUCCGCGGAGAAGCCCUACAGGUGUGGCCAAUGUAAGAGCUUCAGUACGAGCUCUAACCUGAAGAGCCACAUGAAGACUCACUCCGGGGAGAAGCCUUACAGUUGUGACUAUUGCCUGAACUGCUUCAGUGAAAGCUCCGCCCUGAAGGUCCACAUGAGGACUCACUCCGGGGAGAAGCCCUACAGUUGUAACCAAUGCAUCAAGUGCUUCGGACCUAACGGUCCCCAUGUGGCCUCACUUGGGGGAGAAGCCCUACAGGUGUUACCAAUGUUUGAAGUGCUUCAGUUAUAGCUCCCACCUGAAGGUCCACAUGAGGACUCACUCCGGGGUGAAGCCAUACAGGUGUGAUCAAUGCA